AUGGAUAUGCUUGGUCUACCCAAUCAAGAUAUGGCUUUAUGCAUUAAGCCUUUUGUGACUCUCUUCCACUGGGAUGUUCCUCAAUGUUUGGAGGAAGAGUAUGAUGGCUUCCUAAGUGAUAAAAUUGUGAAACAUUUUUGUGAAUUUGCUGAGGUUUGCUUCUGGAAUUUCGGCGAUCAGAUGAAACACUGGAUCACUCUUAAUGAGCCAUGGUCCUUUGCUUCUCAAGGAUAUGCAACUGGAAAUUUCCCACCAUGUCGGGGUGCAACAACAACAAACUCAUCAGAGACUACUAAAAAGAGUAUGACUGCUGAGAAGAGCAUACCUAUUUUGAAUACUAUCCUUCCUCAUAGAACAACAUUUUCCACCAAAAAUCAUUCGACCAAGGGAGAUCCAGGCACAGAACCAUAUAAAGUUGCGCACAAUUUGAUCCUUUCUCAUGCACAUGCGGUUAGGUUAUACAAGCAAAAAUAUAAGGUACCUCAAAAAGGUGAGAUAGGGAUGGCGAAUGUCGCGAUUUGGUAUGAGCCUCUCAGAUUUCCAGAAGAUGUGGAGGCUUCUUCAAGGGCACUCGAUUUUAAUUUGGGAUGGUUUGUAGAGCCAUUGGUAACUGGUCAGUACCCAAAAACUAUGAAGCAGUAUGUAGGAGAACAUCUUCCAAAAUUCCCCGCACAAGAAGAGAAGUUGGUUAAAGGAUCUUAUGACUUUUUAGGCAUAAACUAUUACACGUCUUGUUAUGCGACUGAUCUGCAAGCAUUAUUACUCCACCACUAUUCUAACUCGCAUACUUUGGUAGAUGAAAAAGAGUCCAAGCCAAUCGGUGAUCUGAGUCCUGGGGCGACCGAAAAGAAUGAUACUUCCAUUUCGAUCACAGAUUCCCUCUCUGAUUAUAUAAGAUCUAACUAUCAGAGGGACCAUCUAAACAACAUUAAGAGGGCAAUGAAUGAUGGUGUAAAGGUGAAGGGUUAUUUUAUAUGGUCACUGUUAGACAACUUUGAAUGGGCAUCUGGAUACAAUGUCAGAUUUGGCAUUUUUUAUGUGGAUUUCAUGAAUGGAAAUUUAACAAGAUUCCCGAAAAAUUCAGCUUUAUGUUGGAAGAAUUUCCUUGCCAAUAACCCAGAUCCAUGGAUCCAACCAGAUGAAGAAACUGAAAAAAACUACUGA